UGCAACAAUAAACUAUCAAUCAAUCAAUAUAUAAAAGUGCCCGGCAGCCUGGGGAGAAAUCUCAAGCCACCUGUGACAUCAAGAUCAAGAUUAAGGCGUGUGGGCCAUGUGGGUGUGGUUGCGUAGUGCAGUGAAAACCGUGCCAUGAGAUAUACGGUGGAGUAACUUUUUCAAGGCAGCAUGAUAAAUUUGCGCGCAGCACUCGUGGUGGGUGUGGUGAGCCUCCUUUGGGCUACCACCACCCUCACUCUGGGCCAGCUGGUGGGGGUGACGCUCUUAUUAUACAUCGUCACAGGAGGAUACUACACAGUGUGGCUCGCAUACAAUACUUUACCUCGGGAUCUGCGGGCUGGCGUAAGGUAUCUGCGUGUUCUUGCGAAGGUUAAAUGGGCAACUUAUUCAAACUCCAACAUACCGAGGAUGUUUAUGGAGAAUGUGCGGAAAAAUCCCAAUAAAGUUGCCUUAAUAUUUGAAGACCAGAAGUGGACUUUUGCACAGAUUGACGAGUACAGCAACAGAGUGGCAAACCUGAUGGUGUCUGAUGGCUACAAGCAUGGAGACACAGUGGCCUUAUUCAUGAUGAACCAGCCAGAGUACGUCUGCACCUGGCUGGGCUGUGCCAAGGUUGGAGUUGUCACAGCAUUGAUCAACUUCAACUUGCGACAUGCUCCCCUUAUCCACUGUGUCCAGGUGGCAGAGUCAAAGGCCAUAAUCUGUGGCAGGGAAUUACAAGAUGCGUUGAAGGAGGCAAAGGAUGAACUCAAGUUACCAGUGUAUGUGUCAGGAUGUGGCAACACUGCUCCAGAAGUCAAGGAUGCCAAAAACAUGGACCAGCUACUCAGUACAUCAGACCCCACUCCACCACUGGAGCUAGACAAAGUUGGCUCCUUUGACAAGAUGCUGUACAUCUUCACUUCUGGCACCACUGGCCUCCCAAAAGCUGCCAUCAUCAAACAUGCUAGGUAUUUGUUCUUCUGUACUGGUGCCCAUCACAUGGCUGCCUUGACAGAGGAGGAUAUCAUAUACAACCCAUUGCCUCUGUAUCAUUCUGCCGGAGGCAUGGUGGGAAUGGGACAGGUGCUAGUGUUCAACUGCACAGCUGUCAUCCGCCGCAAGUUCUCAGCCUCGCAGUUCUGGAUUGAGGCUGGAAAGCAUAACUGCACAGUUGGUCAGUACGUGGGAGAGUUGUGUCGCUACCUCCUCAACACUCCACCCAAGCCUGAGGACACCCAGCAUAAGGUGAAAGUGAUGUUUGGAAAUGGAGUGAGGGCUCAGAUCUGGGAGCAGUUCACUUCACGCUUCAACAUGCCAACCAUUGCUGAGUUUUAUGGAGCGACAGAAGGCAUUGCAAAUAUAAUGAACAUGGAUGGAAAGCCCGGUGCGUGCGGGUUUGUGCCAGUAAUACUACGUCACGUCAUCCCGGUGUAUUUAAUCAAGGUUGACGAAGAGACAGGAGAGCCAAUGAGAGACAAGAAUGGAUUCUGCAUAAUGUGUGAACCAGGAGAACCUGGAGAGUUUGUGGGGAUGAUCAAAAGGAAUGAUCCACUGCGGGACUUCCAUGGUUAUGCUGAUCGCAAGGCCACUCAGAAGAAAAUUGUUCAGGAUGUGUGGAAGAAAGGGGAUGCAGCCUUUAAGUCUGGUGACAUUCUAGUCAUGGAUGAGUUUGGUUACUUGUACUUCAAGGACCGGACUGGGGACACUUUCCGCUGGCGAGGAGAAAAUGUUUCAUCAACAGAGGUGGAAGGAGUCGUGUCCAAGGUGGCUGGCAACAAGGAUGCCGUGGUGUACGGUGUAGAGGUGCCUGGUGCAGAAGGAAAGGCUGGCAUGGCAGCAAUUGUUGAUCCUGACGACUCCACAAAUCUGACCGAAUUACUUGUUGAGCUUAAGAAGAACUUGCCCACCUAUGCUUGCCCUCUCUUCUUAAGGAUACUAAAGACGAUUGAUGCCACAGGCACCUUCAAGCUGAAGAAGUUAGCCCUACAGAAGGAAGGCUUUGAUAGAAAUUUGAUCAAAGAUGCCCUUUACUUCCUGGAUGGUAAGCAAAAUAAGUAUGUUGAGCUCACCCCUGAACUCUUUGCCCGGAUCAGCGAUGGUAAAGCUGGCUUAUGAAGAGAAGUGAGAAGUGUACAUAUCAACAACAUGAUAUUGUCUCCUGUGAGCAUACUCCAGUUUAGUGCCAUAUAUUCAUGGGGCAUUGUAUAGUCCUAGGUAGCCUUAUUUUGUGCUCAUCUUUUUAGUCAUCUAUUGCUUUCAUAAUUAUACUUAACAUUUCUGAGACCUUCUAAAGAGGUUUCAUCUAUAUCCAUACCACCCAAACCCCACUAAAGAACUGAUACCCAGGAGCUUGAUACUCUGUAUGCACCAACCUUGUCAUGUCAUGCAAUGAUUUGAUGUUUUUAGACUUUCGCAAACAAAAUGGGUUGUGUAAAUGAAAAGGAUAUACUUGAACCAGUUUACCAUGGAAAACAUAAAGUAUUUGCUAUUGUCCUAGAAAACAAAGAAAGGUGUAUAUCUAUCCUAGUAAGUCCAGCAAGUAAGGGUUCAUGGUAAGGCUAGUCAGCAACAAAUAUUAAGUUAAUUAUAAAAUAGUGCAACAGCAUGAGUUAAACACAAUGAGCAUUAACUGAAAUCCACUCUAGCUCUCUAACCUCUAUAGCCCCUAACCCACUCCACUGGGAAGGGAGAAAGAUAGACUGAUCUUGAUAUUACUAAUAACUAGAUUAUGAGAACAUUUUAUUUAAAAGAGAAUUUUGGGGUUGUAUAAUGUAAUUAGCGUAUUGUACAUAUUUUCAUUAUAUAACCAGAAAAUCCUUGGAAUUUUACAAUAUACUUACCAAGUGUGUGUUCAUCUCUGCAGCAAAUGACAGUUACUAUGCAUACCAGUUUGUAGAAAACAACUGUACUGUAGUAUAUUUUAUUUGUAUAUGUUGAAUUAUAAAGGUGAGUGAAAUUUUAAA